GAGCUGCAGAGGUGAGAGGUAUGUUCGGUCUGCCCUGGCAAGUGUCCGAACUGCAAGGAUGAGUCAGUGGUAUAAACUACAGCAGCUGGAUUCCAGAUUUUUGGAACAAGUGCACCAGCUCUAUGAUGACAAUUUUCCAAUGGAGAUCAGACAAUAUUUGGCACAGUGGCUAGAAAGCCAAGACUGGGACCAUGCUGCUACUGAUAUUUCACAGGCGACCUUGCUGUUCCAGAACCUUCUGUCACAGCUAGAUGACCAAUACAGCCGGUUCACACAGGAAAACAACUUUCUGUUGCAGCACAACAUCAGAAAAAGCAAAAGAAACCUACAGACUAUUUUUGAAGAAGACCCCAUGUACAUGGCCAUAAUGAUCUCCAAGUGUUUGCAUGAAGAAAGGAAAAUCCUCCAAGCUGCUCAGUCAGCAGAUCAGAUGCAAGUAGGAAAUGUACAGAAUACAGCAAUGCUGUGUCGGGUAAAGGAGCUGGAUGCCAAAGUGAAAGGUGUGAAGGACAGCGUCACAGAAAUAGAGCAGAUCAUCAAAGCUCUGGAGGAUGCACAAGAUGAAUAUGAUUUCAAAUUUAAAACCUUGCAAGUCAGAGAAGUUGAACCCAAUGGCAUGAGCCCGGAUGACUGUAAAAAGGAAAAAAUGCAGCUUCACACUAUGUAUUUGCAGCUUCACAACAUGAGACAGGAUGUGCUCCACAAAAUCACGACUUCACUGAAUGUAACAGAACACACUCAGAAUGCUUUGAUCCGAGAGGAACUUGAGGAAUGGAAACAGCGGCAACAAACUGCUUGUAUUGGAGGCCCACCUAAUGCAUGCCUAGACCAGCUUCAAAACUGGUUUACCACAAUAGCUGAGAGUCUUCAGCAAAUUCGUCAACAGCUUAAAAAACUGGAGGAGCUGGAGCAGAAAUUUUCUUGUGAGACGGAUCCUAUCCCACAACAGAAGAAAGGACUAUAUGACCGGACACAGAACCUCUUCCAGCAACUCAUUCAGUGUUCUUUUGUGGUGGAAAGGCAGCCUUGCAUGCCUACACAUCCCCAGAGGCCCUUGGUUUUGAAGACUGGAGUGCAAUUUACAGUUAAACUGAGAUUGCUGGUGAAACUGCAAGAGCUGAAUUACAAACUGAAGGUGCAGGUUGUGUUUGAUAAAGAUGUCAGUGAGAAAAACACAGUGAGAGGAUUUAGAAAAUUUAAUAUCUUGGGAACAAGUACCAAAGUGAUGAACAUGGAGGAGUCCAAUGGAAGCCUGUCAGCAGAAUUUAGACAUCUGCAAUUAAAGGAGCAAAAGAAUGUUUCAAGAACUAAUGAGGGGCCUCUCAUAGUAACAGAAGAACUGCAUUCUCUCUGUUUUGAGACUACACUGGAACAGAGUGGCCUAAGGAUUGAUCUGGUGACAACAUCCCUUCCAAUUGUUGUGAUUUCCAAUGUCAGCCAGCUGCCAAGUGGUUGGGCAUCUAUUUUGUGGUACAACAUGUUGACCAAUGAGCCUAAGAACUUGUCCUUCUUCCUUAAUCCUCCAUGUGCAAGGUGGGCUCAGCUUUCUGAUGUUCUGAGUUGGCAGUUUUCUUCCGUCACCAAAAGAGGGCUCAACGCAGAUCAGCUGAACAUGCUGGGGGAGAAACUGCUGGGUUGUGGAUGCACUCCAGAAGGCCUUAUUUCUUGGGCAAGGUUCUGUAAGGAAAACAUAAAUGAUAAAAGUUUUCCCUUCUGGCUGUGGGUUGAAGGAAUACUUGAACUCAUUAAGAAGCACCUUCUCUCCCUCUGGAAUGAUGGAAGCAUAAUGGGCUUUAUCAGCAAAGAGCGAGAGCGAGCCUUGCUCAAGGAUAAAGCAAGUGGUACUUUUCUCCUGCGAUUCAGCGAAAGUAGCCGAGAAGGAGCAAUCACCUUUACCUGGGUAGAGGGGCCACCUCCUGAUGUUUGCUUCCACUCAGUGGAACCCUACACACGGAAGGAGCUCACUGCCGUUAGCCUCCCUGAUAUCAUUCGUGGCUACAAAGUGAUGGCAGCUGAGAAUAUUCCUGAGAAUCCACUGAAAUACCUUUAUCCAGAUAUCCCCAAGGACAAUGCCUUCGGAAAAUACUACUCCAGACCCAAAGAGUCCCAAGAACCCAUGGAUGUUGAUGGUGGAGGAAAAGGAUACAUCAAAACUGAACUAAUCUCUGUAUCUGAAGUCCAUCCUUCCAGAUUGCUCUCCACUGACAACCUCUUGCCUCUGUCUCCUGAAGAUUUUAGUGAAGUGGCACGAAUGGUAAGCCCUACAGAAAUUAUGAUAUGUUCAGAAUAUGCAUCGUAAGUGUUUGAUGGACUGACCUGCAGCAAGACUUCAUUUUUUCGCCUAUACCUGCUAGUUUGCAGCUACUUGAGCGCUUCAUUAAGGCACUAAAAUCCAUAGUGUACAUCUGGCUCUUAAGAGACUCCAUUGCUCUUGCCCUUUGGCUAUUCAAGAGUAGAUUGAAAACAUAGAAAGGCUUCCUUGUUACCAAUAAAUUGUGUAGCUAGUAGUCCUGCAUGGAACAUUUUCCUGCUGCCUAUUCAGUGGCAAUGUAAACAUAGAAGAUGCAUACUUUAGUAGGCUUUUCCAAAACAAACCGAGUUAAUUGAAUACCUGCCUAGUUCCCUCAGCAAAGUUGAAAGAUUUUAAUAAUUGAGAGAUGGUGUGAAUUAGAAGUGUCUGGUCUUAUAGAAAUUGGGAAGCAAGUUACCCAGCAAGGUCACAUUUCUUUUGGGUAGCAGACAUGGUCAUUAAGUGCCUUACUGCUGGCUUCAUUUUGGUUCCAAGAGCAGUAUUUCUUGCCUCCAUAUAAUACAGGGAGGGGGAGCAGAUCUUCACCUUCCAGAAUACUUUAGUAGGGACUUAAUUCUAUCUAGUUAGGGCUGAUGGCAAUUGCAGCUCCAAAGGAAAAAAAAAAACUGAAGAAAGCAGUUGUCCAUUCCUGCUAUUAUGAGAUGCUGGAUGUGUAGAGUUAGGUUUAUUGUAGGAGCAGAAUGGCAAUCCUAGACAGACACUUUAUUUUAUUAAAAUGGCAGUGUGCUGAGAGGGGCUUAAUAAGAACAGUAGCCUCAGUAUUUUAGGGCCAGACUGCAGCUAGGGUGCAGAUGGGGGUACUCCGUGAACACUCCAAAGUUAAGACUGUAAGGUACAUUCCUGUAUUUGCUGCUUUUCUUACAUACCCCAACCUGGCAUAUUUGGCUCUUGUUUUCAAAAGUCUUGGAAGUUUUCUAAACUUGGAGGGGUAAGCUGCUUCACCUUCCUUUUGGCUUUGAAACAUUGUUUCUUCGCCAGUAAAAGCAGUACCCAUAGAAUCAUAGAGUUGGAAGAGACUUCAAGGACCAUCCAGCCCAGUCCCCUGCAAUGCAGGAAGACACAGUUAAAGCACUUCCGACAGAUGGCCAUCCAGCCUCCGUUUAACCUCCAAGGAAGGUUUUUAAACUUUCAUCACAUUCUAGUAUGGCACAGUCCUGUUGAACAGUUCUUACUUUCAGGAAGUUAUUCAUAAUGUCUAAGCAGAAUCUCUUUUCCCGUAACUUGAAUCCAUUACUGUGUCCCACCUCUGGAGCAGCAGAAAAUUGCUUCCCCAGGCUA